CGGCAGGCAGCAUAACUCGGUAUUUCACACGACGCAAACAGAUCCCGCUGUCGGACCAACGUCAUACCGCCAACCCAAACACCAGUCGUCUCAGCACAUCCGGAAGACAUCUUUCCACGAGGGCAUCCAAGCUUCGUGGACAAGCAUUGAAGACUGGCACUUGGGCUUUCCUGGGCCACGUUCCUGUCUCCAUUCGAGACCUACGGGUCCACCCAACCCAACUUCCAAAUACCUACACAUCACUCGCGAUGGGUUCAUCUUCAUUACGUGCAGCCUUGCUGGCGCUCGUUCUCGCGUCAACAUCGUCGGCUACAACAGUCUCACUUGCGUCCUUCAUUCCGCGGAUUGACAACCUGCCAAAAUCCUGCAACGCCGUCUACACCAGUUCCAUCUCUGGAUGCGUAGCCGACGACUUCAAAUCGGGCGCAACCUGUUCCGCUGCCUGUGUGCGGGGCCUGUCGGCGAUCGCAGAGAGCGUCAAGGACAAGUGUGCGAACGUCGAUGCGGGCGAGCUGAGCAUCAUCGGGGUCUUCCAGAACGGACUGGGUAUUCAGAGCCUUUGUCCGGGGGUUACAAUUACAACGAUUUCAAGUGAGAGUGCGGGAAAGACAGAUACGAAAACAUCGGAGCAAGCGACGAGCACCCAGGCGGUCUUGACCACUACAAGCUUCACAAAUUCAGCCAUCCAAGCAACAUCAACCUCAUCAAGUUCAAACACGGACGCGGAAGACGGAGACGAGGAACCGACGAGCUCAGCACAAACGACAAGUUCGAGUUCAUCAACGGGUGGCUUGGUCCUGGAUCCGAACGCUACGGGAACAUUCACAGCUUCAGUCAUCCCGCCCACAGACACUGCGCAGGCGACACAGGCACCCAACGCGCAACUAUCGAACGCUGACUCCGGUGGUGGUUCGCCGUUUGACGUCGUUGCUGUGGGUGCUUCAUCACAGCUCAGAACUUUGGAGAUAUCGAUAGCGAGUCUAUGCGGGAUAGCGGUCGCGUUGCUUGCGAGUUCAUAGCCGCGCAGCAGUCUUUCUUUUUCUUUUUCUGAUAUUGAUGCAUUGCCGAGAUGGCUCACGAUAUGGCGUUGGAACUUGGAAUUUUUGUACUAUACCCGCAUUGUCGGAGCGACGGAGAAGAGUCACGACCAGUUGAGCGUGUCACAGAAUGCUCGUGUAGCAUCUAUGGUCAACUACCAGAGCGCUCAUAGUAACAAAAUGUGUACAAGACGAAGAAUCAAGUGUGCACGAUUACUCAACCUCUCGA